AGAAAGAAAAGGAAAAAGAAAAAGAAAUACAAAAGAAAAGAAAUCUCCCCCUUAGAAUGUCAGUUCCGACGUAAAGAAUUUCUUGUUUGUUAUCGAUUCGGAUAUUAAUGUGAUAAAGAUAUUGAAACGGAUGAACGAUCUUUUAUGUUAAAGAAUUUCGCGAGAAAUCACUUUAGUUGUAGGAUUUUUAUUUAUAAAGCGAUAUAUUCGAAGGGCGGGCGUACUAGGCACUUGCUGUCCAAUGAAAGUGCGCACGUGCGGCCCGCAUUAGCGAAGCAGCAACGAAGCGCAGACGCAUUCUUCGACCGCCGCGAACCGCCGUUGUCGCACAGUUUUCCUUCGGAUCUUGAAGGAGUUGGUUGUUUUUCUCCUUGUGAUUUACCCUUUCUCUAUCACAUUCUCUUUCACCUUUUUUUUUUUUUAUUUCAAUCCUUUAUAUCUUCAAACCAUUUUUGCCGAAGCAAAUCUGAGGAGAGAAGAUUUUUAUUCCAUUUGACCUUGAACGAAAAAGAAAUUUUAUUAAGAAUUACGAUAGACACACAUACACGCUUAUAUAUAUAAUACAUACGCGUACGUAUUUACACACGAAUGAUAUUUUGCAUCGCGUUCGCGCGUACUCGUCUUAUUCUCAAUCUCAAUAAAAUACACACACGUGCGCAAACGCGCCCUCGACCGCGCGCGCACUAACUAACAAGUACAUAUACAGAUAAAUAUUUAUGCUUAUAAAUCAUAGAAAGUAAAGACGCGCGAAAGAAAAAUCUAAUUGUGGAUUGUUUUAACUAGUAUUAUUAUUACUAUUACUACUUUGAACACACAACAAGAAAGAAGAUGGAUCGAACGUCAAAGUUACUUUUGCGAAAGGUCAUCAUCGAUUUUGUCUGCUUAAUUAUCGUUGGCCUAGCGGUUUUAAUGUUCUACUGCUUUGGUAAGCCAUACAAACGUGGGUUUUUCUGCAACGAUGAAUCAUUGAUGCAUCCAUAUCUUUCGUCUACGGUUACGAGUGCCAUGCUCUACGUCACUGGUCUCUUUCUUCCUAUAUGUACGAUGAUUGCAGGUGAGUACUUGUAUAGAAGACAAUAUUCUACCGAAUCGUCGAAAGUACUUUUUGGAUACACCAUUCCACCUUGGCUUUGGAUGGCUUACAUUAAGGUCGGCACCUUCGGAUUUGGUGCAGCUAUUACAGUUUUGAUAACGGAUAUUGCUAAAUACACGAUUGGUCGGUUAAGACCACAUUUUAUGACGCUCUGCGUACCGGACAUUAAUUGUUCUUUACCUGAAAAUCAGUACAGAUAUAUCGAACAUUUUUCUUGCACUGCUCAAGGAAUUUCAUCGAAAUUACUUAAAGAGAUGAGAUUAUCUUUUCCAUCAGGACACUCUUCCUUUUCAGCCUAUACGAUGAUUUACCUUGCCAUUUAUUUACAACUUAGAAUUACAUGGAAAGGUAGCAAAUUACUAAAACAUCUGCUCCAACUGAUAUGCAUCUCCAUGGCGUGGUUUACAGCGAUGUCGAGAGUUUCCAAUUACAAGCAUCAUUGGAGUGACGUUUUAGCCGGUUCGUCUAUCGGCACUGUUGUUGCUCUCAUUGUGGUAUUCUGCAUAUCGGACCUUUUCGAGGAAAGACAAAGUAGCUGUCGAGUGGAAAAACAACAACCAACGGGGGACUACGAAGCAGCGGAAGCUGGUACGCAGGUGAAUAAUGGCAAUGCUAAUCACAAUCGUUGUCCUAACGAGAUCGUUUGUCGCUGAUCGCAACAAGGCCAUGACUGUCUUCUAGUUGUCUCCGGGAAGCUAGUGCGCUCUCGGGAAAACGAAACGUCGAAAUUGCUAGUGUCGGCCUUAAUGAUGCAACCAUCAUCCUUUGGGACCUUUUAGUUCAACUGCCUUACAACCGGGAUUACACUUUGAUGCAGUUAUUAUCUCAUCUGGAAGGCCUUUUCUCUCGCUCACACUUUCUCUCCAUCUCUCUCUUCUUCUUCUUCUUCUUUCCUGCCUUUCUUCUUCCUCGCUGAAUGCAACACAUGCCAAUCGGAUAAGAUAAAAAGCUGCUAAAGGUCUCUUGCGAAGAUUCAUCCAUCAUUCAAUCCAUUCUCAGUUUUCUCCCUGUAUAAUUACUACAGUUUAACUGCGUACCACAACAAGAGCGGUAGGAGAGAGAGAGAGAGAACUUUAUUUUAAUUACAAUUAUUAUUUCAUGAAAACUUUUGUUAUCGUGUUGCUUACGCUUUUGAUCAUCAAAUGUUUUUUUGAACGAUCUCGUUUAAUCUGUGCAACAUUCAUCUCGUCUUUGUUUCUGCUCGUAAAUUAGCAUUCGUUACGAUCGUUUGAAUAAACUUGUUCCUUUACAUAAUACAUGUAUACAUAAAACAUAUAUAUAUAUAUAUAUUGUAAACGUCGAUAGAACGUAGAAAUAUUUCUAUGUAACAUGUUGCACGCUAAUUCUUGAAUUUUUGAUCAAUUUAAAUAUUCGUACUCAUUUAGUUAUGAUCUUUCACCAUUGUGAACUUCCAUAUUGUUAAUUUUGUUUUUGUAUUUAUUUUAUUCAUAUAAAAGCUUUCUAGCUUCUUUAGCAAAAAGCAAACAUUUAAAUUGAUAAAAUAUAAAGAUAAAAUGUCUUCGUUUUAUGAUUAAAAGGUUGUUAGCAACUUAAGAGAAGAGGCUGAAGACAUAUUACUGGGCAGAGAUUGUAACUACGUGCGUACCUAAUAAUAAGAAGUUGACAAGGCUGAAUUAAUUAUUAAUUUCAGCCAAUAUGCAUAUACAUAUAUGUGUA